GAAGAAUGCAUUGAUGAGCUGGAAAAGUUUGAGCAAGGUUAUGCUUUCUAUUCUUGUCUAUUUAUUAUUUCAAAUUUCAUCUAUAUUUUCUGCCUUGUAUUAUGAUCUUUCCUCUCUUUUCUUCAUUAAAAGCUGCCAAAUGUUGGUCCUCCUGCUCACUGAAACAAGCAAUGUACUGCUUUUUGUCUUUUGGAAACACAUAUGUUUCAAUUUGAACUUCUGGUGGAAGCCAAAAUAUCUGAAAUGUCCCUGUCCCUGUCCCUUGAAAGAUAAUCUGAAAUGUCCCUGUCCCUGAAUCUAAACAAUGCUGGUGGAAGCAUUAAAGGCUGACUUUGUUAAGAAGUGAUGGAUAAAGGACCAGAACAAGGGAUAAGACUCACUACAACGACCCUGAAUAUGGACCUAGAGGCUGAUCUAUUCAGGUCCCUGACCCAGUACGCAGCUAUAACAGCUAAAGAUAUCAAGAUAACACCGAAAUCCCUUAAGAUCAGGGAUAGAGACGAAUCUCAAAGAGAUAACUGAGACUAAUAGAGAAACAAUCCUAUUAUGAUACAAAGACUAUACAAUAUAUAUAUAGACGAAGCCUAAGCCAGGUGGGAGCUCAGCGACAAUAGUGACAAAGACGAUCAUCAAAACCAUCAUUUGGCGCCGUCUGUGGGAAGCGACAUUCGUUUCUAAUAUAAGUUUUAAUCUUGGUUUUGAAGACGGAAUGGAGGGAAGAGAAGAACCACCACCGCCGGGAGUGGUCGUGACUACAACAGGCUUACCAGCAAGCAGUGGUCCGAUCAUCCCACCCCUGAUACCCGAAGGAGGAAUCAGAAUUAGCGUUCCGAUCUCCAGUGGGACCAUACCAGCAACCACGGGGGUCGCGUACGACAUCACACCACCACCCAUGAUGAGAAACGUUCAGGGAAUACACCCACUGAGGAACACAACCUCGCCGUGGGGAUAUUAUACUCCACAAUACCAGCCACCUAUGACCUAUCAGCAACAGGCAGGAGGAUGGUAUCCAGGUUACUAUCCGUGGAGUCAGCCUAACCAACCAGGGUAUCCGCGACCCGUCCAGCCUAUUCCUUUCCCGUCUCUGGACACAGAAGGGACAGUGACGUCAGCGGCACAGAUACCCCCAUACGUACCCCAGGGGGUGCCUAUGCCACCCCUCUAUCAUGAAGCAGUAAUGAAGAGCAUCAAUGACUUCCAGGACCACCUGAUAGGACUAGCAAGAGAUCAGGAGAAAUUCGCAGAAAAGCAAAACCAGGGAGUUGACGUAGGAACCAGACGUGGAAAGGACCCCCCAGUCACCAAGGAAAAAGAAAGAGGAAACGCACCGAGAAGAGGACAAUCGGAGCCCAUACUACAAAAGGAGAAGGAGCAGCUAGACAAAGGACCAGGAGCAGUCCCGCUCCUGGGAGAUAAGACGGCCCAGGAGAAGGUCGCAGAAGCAGCGGUGCGGAAUAGCGGUCGAAUUCAUGUAAUCGAAGACGACAAAUCAAAAGGAACCAAGAUGCCAGGGAAGCACAGCAAAGACGCAGAAAGCCAUUCAUCCAACAAGAGGAGGGGAGCGGACGAAAGGAGCAACAUUGACGAGAAAAUUAAGAACGCCAUGAAGAAAUAUCAGAAAGAAGGCAAGGGAGCAGAGGAGGAGCGAGAGGACGAAGAUUCCCCACUUAACUCAGAGAUACAGUCGGUAAGGUUUCCUUCGAGGUUUAAACUACCAACUUUUGAGCAUUUUGAUGGAACAGGAGAUCCGAAAAGCCACAUCUCAAAGUUCAAGACGAUCAUGAUGCUACAAGAUGUGACUGAUCCCAUGCUCUGUAGAGUGUUCCCUGCGACGUUAAAAGCAUCGGCGCAAAAAUGGUACUCAUGUCUUAAGGCAGGGUCAAUAAGUUCCUUCUCCGACUUAGCAUCGGCAUUCAAAGCAAGGUUCAGGACAAAUAUCCCCAUGCAGAAGAGUUCCAGCGACUUGAGGAAGUGCAAGCAAGGAGAGCAGGAGACCCUCAAAAAUUUCGUAGAAAGAUUCAACAAGGAAGCAGUGCAAAUCGAAAACCUGAACCAUGACACAGCCAUCGAAGCAAUGAAGAUGGGAACAAAGUUUGAAGAACUCCGUGACAAAAUCCUGAUGAAAAAGCCAACCACCUUUCAAGACUUAAUGCUGAUCGCUCACAAAUAUGUGGAACUAGACGAAGCCAGACGAACCCUCACGAAACAACAGGAGCACACCAAGCAGGAUAGUUCCAGAUAUCGAGGGAAGAAGGAGGAAGAACGGCCACGGACUCAGCGAUAUGGCGCAGGACACAGACCCUAUGACUUCACCCCGUUGAAUAAAGCCCCAGUGUACAUACUCAGCUGGAUGAAACAGAAUCGAGUGAUGUUCAACACACCCCGGAAGAUGGACCCGGACAUCCAGAGAGACAAGAGCAAAUACUGUCGCUUCCAUGAGGGCUAUGGCCACGACACGGACAGAUGUUGGGACCUCAAAAGAGAAAUAGAGCAGCUAAUCCAGUCUGGACUCUUGAAGAAGUUUGUCAACGACAGACCAGGAGACAAAAGAAAAGGGGAGUUAACAGAAAAGGAGGAACAAAACAAGAAGCAGAAAGAAGUCGCAGGCGUAGUAAACGUGAUAGAAGGAGGAGAGCCCUACAGCAAUAAUCAAAAAAAGAAGAGAAACAGAAGAGGAUCGGCCGCGGUGUUCACAAUUGAAAGAGAAGUAAUCCCAGAGAUAUCGUUCGGACCAGACGAUGGACAUCACGUGAAGGGACCACACAAUGACGCGUUGGUGAUAGAAGCCAUAAUCAGGAAUCACCUAGUAAAACGGAUACUGGUAGAUGAAGGCAGUUCCGUGAACUUAUUAACCUUGGAGGCAUUCAAAGAGAUGAAAGGCUCAACAACAGACCUGCGGAAGUCCUCAGUCCCACUAGUAGGCCUGGGAGGAGCACCAAUACGUCCAGAAGGGACAGUAAGUUUAUAUGUAGAAUUGGGAAAUAGAAGUGAAGGGCCAGUCAAAAAGAUGCAUGCUCAGUUUAAUGUAGUAGACCUUCCACUGGCCUACAACAGCAUACUGGGCAGACCAUUCUUGUACCAGACAGGAGCAGUAACCAGCAUCAGGCUGCUAACCCUGAAAAUGCCAACACCAUCUGGGAUAGUAGUGGUCAGAGGAGACCAGGAGAUGGCCAAGGAAUGCUGCUUGGUAACAACAAAGGAGGAUGAAAGUUUAACUAUUGAGGCGUUCCCAGGAGACGCAGUAGAAGAGGAGGAGUCACAAGGAGCAGAACCAGUAGGCGUCAUGAAAGAGCUUCACCUAACUGAGACCAAGAUGGUCAAAGUAGGCACAGAAGUACCAGAAAAGGUAGCACAUGAAAUAACAGAGAUACUGAAAAAGAACGUGGAAUCUUUCGCUACUGAACCAACGGAGAUCGUGGGAAUCAAUCCCAAAGUAGCGUCGCACAAACUGAACGUGAUCCCAGGCAGUGUACCCAAAGUCCAAAAGAAGAGGAGGUUCACUGAGGAGAGGCAGAAGAUAAUCGCAGACGAAGUAAACAUUUUGGAGGCAGCAGAUUUUAUCCGCGAAGUUUUCUACCCUGAAUGGGUGGCAAACGUCGUCCUAGUAAAGAAGGCAAACGGGAAGUACAGGAUGUGUGUCGAUUUCACAGACUUGAACAAGGCCUGCCCAAAGGACAGCUAUCCGCUCCCCAACAUAGACCAGUUAGUGGACUCAACAGCUUGUUAUCUCCUAUAUAGCUUCGUAGACGCAGCGCAGGGGUAUCAUCAAAUACCGAUGGAGGAGAAGGAUCAAGAGAAAACAUCAUUCGUCACAGACCGAGGGACAUACUGUUACAAAGUCAUGCCGUUUGGAUUAAAGAACGCAGGAGCCACCUAUCAACGUCUGGUCAACUUCAUGUUCCAAGACCAGCUGGGGAGGAAUGUAGAGGCCUACGUGGACGACAUAAUCGUGAAGAGCCUAACAGCAGAGGAACACGCCCAAGACUUAGAAGAAACCUUCAAAGUCCUGAACAAGUUCGGAAUGAAACUCAACCCGGCAAAAUGUGCUUUCGGUGUUAAAGCAGGAAAAUUCCUAGGCUAUCUGAUCAGCCAACGAGGAAUAGAAGCAAACCCAGAAAAGAUCCAAGCAGUGAUAGAUAUGAAGGCCCCCCAGAGUGUGAGGGACGUACAGAAGUUGAAUGGCAGAGUCACGGCACUGGGACGUUUCAUUUCUUCCUCAGCCAAAAAAUGCCUGCCGUUUUUCAAACAACUCCGGAACAUGAAAAAAUUCAAAUGGGACGAAGACUGUCAAGUCGCAUUCGAAGAAUUAAAGGCAUUCUUGACCAACCCGCCCCUACUGAGUAGGCCCGUAGCCGGGGAGAACCUGUACCUGUACUUAUCGGUAGGGAGAGAGACCAUCGCCUCAGUACUAGUACGGGAGGAAGAGGAGGAGCAGUGGCCGAUAUACUAUAUAAGCAGAACGCUAAAAGGGGCAGAGCUCAAUUACCCAACCAUAGACAAACUUGCACUUGCCGUCGUCGUAACCACCAAAAAGCUCAAGCCGUAUUUCCAAGGACACACAGUCAUAGUGCGCACAAACCAGCCUUUGAGGAAAGCAUUGCACCGACCUGAGACUUCAGGACGAUUGGUCAGUUGGUCAGUACAACUAGGAGAGCACGACAUCAGGUACGAGCCAAGGACAACUUUGAAAGCCCAGGCACUUGCGGACUUCGUGGCAGAGAUGACAGAGAAACCAUGCGACUCAGCAACCGAGGAGUUGACAUGGAACCUAUUCGUAGACGGAGCCUCCAGUGACCAAGGAGCAGGAGCAGGUGUAGUCCUAUUAGGACCUCACAAAAUCGCAAUUGAGUAUGCAGUACACCUAAGCUUCAAGGCUACCAACAAUGUGGCAGGUACAAACAUGUUUUAUUCAUUUCUCAGACAAAUAUUUCUGCCAUAUGCUAACAAUGUAGCAGAAUAUGAGGCCCUCUUAACAGGACUCGAAAUCGCGACUGAAGUAAAGGCAGAAAAGCUAAAAAUCCAUAGUGAUUCCCAACUAGUCACUAGCCAGGUGCUGGGACAAUUCCAAACCAAGGACCAAAACAUGGCGAAAUACAUGGCAAGAGCAAAGGAACAACUCAAGGAGAUCGAAAAAAACGGAGGACAGUGGGAUUCAUACCCAUCCCCAGAGAAGAGAACACUAGAGCAGACGCAAUAGCCAAGGCAGCCGCAGUGAAAAGCCAGCUAUAUGUAUCACUCCAAAUGAAGGAGGAGCGGUCAACACCAACGGUAG